GACACAGUCUUAAGCUGUGCCAAGGGAAAUAUAGGUUGGAUAUUAGAGUGAUAAAGUACUGGAAUGGUCUGCCCAGGGAGGUGGUGGAGUCACCAUCCCUGGAUGUGUUUAAAAAGAGACUGGAUAUGGUAUUUGGUGCCAUGUUUUAGUUGAGGUGUUAGGACAUGGGUUGGACUCGGUGAUCUUGAAGGUCUCUUCCAAUCUACUUAUUCUGUGUCUGUGUUAUAGAUAUAUCUAUAUAUAGAUUUACAUGUAAUUUUUAGACACUGGUAAUAAAGGGUUGAUUGUCCUAAUUCCUAGCUAGAGUCAAUAUAAAAGUAGCACCUCCCACCCCCAAAACCGUUUCGUUGAAAAUGGCUUGUUUUAUUUUAAUGAUUCCUUUGAAGUUUGUGACACUGAAGGCCAGCAGGGUUGGCCACAUCUGACUUGGAAUUACCUGUGUUAUGUUGCAUGUAGCUACCCCUGUACGUUGAAUCUGUAACUCAUGGUAUUUGGAAGCAGCUUCCAGCUUUGAUUUGAAGAUGAAGGGUAAAGCUUCUGUCUUAGUUUGUUUCCAUGCCAGCCACCAUCACAGUGCACAGAAGUGCUUUGCCUGCUAGUUGCUAGCAACUCUUUCUUGAGUAAUUGAAACAGUCUCUUAAAUUCUGCUUUUGGACCUGUGUGUUGUGAUAACAAGUGAGGUAAUUCACUUUAUCUAAAAACUUACAGAUAAAAUUCUGGAGUCUCACCCAAUAGGGUGUUUCCUUCAGCAUUGUAAAUGGGGCAGGGGGAAUGAGGGAUGGAAAGGUAUCCUCUUGGGGCCUCUCCUGUUUGAAAGUAAAUGUUGGGACACUGGAAAAGCAAGUGUCUGAAUUACAAGGCAUGCUGUGCUGCUCUUGCUAGUAGGGUUUCAGUGGCUUUCCAGUUUUUUCCUCACUCAGUUCUUCGAUGCUACCUUGGCAGUUCAGAGGGAAAACUGAAAACUCUGCUUGCUGUAAUGCAGGGGUGAAUGGCAUUGAUCCUGUUCUCAAAGCCCAUUCAGGUUCUCAUUUUCACUUGUCAUUUCUCUACAGCUUUCUACAGCUAAUCCUCUACUGCACUUCUGCUUUGUAGGCUGAAACCCACGUAAUUUGCAAUUGCAGCCUGUGUGACUUCAGUAAAAAUAAAAGGCAGUUUUAGUACUGUGGGUUUUUUUCCCCAAAUCAGUUUCACAUGCUCUGUGUCUGAAAUGUCUGUAAGCCUCAUCAGCCUGCUAAGCUUUGUGUCACCUGUAUAUAUAACUGGCAGAGUUAUAUAUAUCCUAUGCUGGUUUUUAAAAAUUAAUUUCCAUAUUAUUAUUGAAAAUAUUGACUGAUGCCUGCCUUAGCACCAAUCUUGUGGAAACAGCAGGGAUGUCUUAAUUUGAGAAGGCCAACAUCAAAUCUGUCAUCAGUCAGAUCUUCACCAAUGGAACAUGUUUUAUAUCAGUAUCAUUUGUUCCAUUUUUAGAUGGAAACAUUUGAGAAGAGAAAUGGAAGGAAAAACUCCUCUAUAUCAGACAUAGUAAAGGUGGGAGUUCUACUGAGCUGAAACAGACCUUUAGGAAAAUAUUAAUAGGAGACAACAGACUGGCAAAAAAGCCCCACCCAACAGAUGGGGUGAGCCUGAUUGCAAUAAGGCAGCACUUCCUCCCAGGCACAUCCUGAGCACAGCUGCUGUAAGGGAUGUUUCUUCUGCAAGAGUUAGUGGGGAGAAUUUCAAGAGUGGGUAAUGUGCCCAGGUAUGAGAGUUUCAUUUACAGAAUGAAAUUUCAAGAAGAUGUUCCCUCUGGUCUCACUGCUCACACAUAUCCCACCAGGAACUCGGUGGCAGGCUCUGGUGCUCCUAUGCCAUCUGUCCCAAGAAUGAUGGAGGAGUACCCAACUGGAGCACAAGAAGUACAUUGUUAAGUCCUGUUUUUAACACUGACUUCUCUCUGCCUACCUGUGGUAAACCUGGGGCACACCCAAGUCUCUGGAUUGCAGAGUGAAGGAAGGCAGAUGAGAUCAACCCAUUUUGAUAGCCUUUCUGGUUUUCAGUGGUCAUUAGGACAGAAAUUUCUGAUGUUAUGUCAAAUCUGAUGUUCUGGUUUAUAACCAGAAUUUUUGGGGGUUUUUAAUGCAGAGCCUUGACCCUGUGCCUGUUGUCUUCCUUCUGGUGAAUUCUUCUUGCAUAUCUGGAUAGGUUUUAGCUGUUGUGAUUUUUGAAUCUGAUGGGUUGUUUUUUGGGGUGAGGUUUUUUUGUGGUGGUUUUUGGUUUUUCAUUGUUGUUUUGGGGAUUUUUUGAAGAGACUUUUGAGGAAGCUCAUACAGUUCCUCUUCAUAGCAAAGUUCUGGUUUUUACUUUUUUUCUCCUAGAUUUCUCAAAUGUUCAUGAAAGUAACCUAACUAGUUCCUGCCUGUGCAGUUUUUGUUGGGGAGAACUUGUGUGCGGUGCACUGGUCUGAACUCCGUUCUAUUUUAUGGGGCCAAAAAGCAAAACAGAGUCAAAAAUGUACAUGUGAGGGGAAAUAAAAGCCUUACCAUGCCCCAUAUGCCCCUUACUUGCUUGGCCAUUUCAUUUCAUGUUCAACCAUCCAGUUUUUGAUAGUCUGAAUUGGUUUUUGUGGAUUUGGAUUUUUGGUGGGUUUUGUUUUGAUUUUUUCUGUAGUCAGUCUUUUAACACUUUUUUGAAAAAUUCUUCAGGCUCUACUGCUAUACCCCACUCUUGUUUUAUAGUUGCAUUAUUAACACCCACAGUACUUGGGUAAGCAGCUCUUAAUUGCUUUGCAGCAUUGUGAAUUGCCUGUUGCAGUAUUUGAGUUAGACACCGGCAUCAACAAAAGUCAGCUCCUACCAACAGGCGCUGCUGUCUUUCUGCCUUUUCCGUAGAAGCAUGCGUUGGAAGAGUUCUUAUGUGGAAUUUGUUAACACUUGGUACAGUUUGGAGACUGGCACUAAUUUAAUUAAAAACAGCUAUAAAAUCUUCACUACUUUUUUCUACUGUGGAGUUCACAUGCACUUGGAGAAACAUCUGCAGGAUCAAAGUCCAUUAGCUUGUUCAGAGUGUUCCUGAUUGCUGAAACUCCUUUCAGCCUUGUUUGUUUGGAAAAUAUCUGGUGUAUCGUUGGAUCCGCACAGCCUGCAGUGUUUCACAAGCCAGAGGAGAGCAGAGCAGUGCUUGCACAAGCAUGACAAUGGGAACGCACAGACAGGAAACACUGCCUGGUAUUUAACAUCUCCUUAAGCUUAUCUUUCCCCAGUACACUUUUUGCCAUUCAAGUUGGUUCUCCCUUCCUUCAACCCUCCUUUAAGCUUAGGCCUGGGAAACAUCCAUCAGCUGUUCCUGGGCAGUACCAGCUGAGAUGUUAGCAAACAAGGUGCUUGGACGCACAGAAACUCCAGAGAGACUAACAAGCUGGAAAUGUGAGGUGAAUUGCCCCUGGCUCGUGACUGUCCUGUGGCCAGGGAAGGACCAAAAGUGCUCAUCCACCAAGAGUGCAUCUGCUGCUUGAGGUGUGCUGCAGAGAGCUGACCCGCUUCGCUGCUCUUAUUUUACUGAUCAGGGAUAACUAAUCUCUUUGUAGUGCAGGUUUUAAUUCAGAAUAGUUGGGGUUUUGUUCACUCAGACAUCAAAGAAGUUCUGAUUGGCAGCUCAGAAAUUUGUGUAAGGUCUGAAAGGAGGAUUUAUAGGAAACGAGCAGAUGGUCUAGUAGAGAAUUUCCCCAGGAGGUUGCAGUUAUUUAAAAAUGGGAGAAACUAAAUAGACUGUACAAAAUUUGACUGUAAAAUUAACUGGCCAGCCAGUAGCUAAAUACUUAACCAAAAUUAUUCAGCUUGGCCCCUAGCAUAAGCAUGUAAUGAAGUGAUACGUCUGUGAGUUUGCUCUACACGCAUUAUUUCUAGUUUCACCCAAUAAGUGCACAUGAAUGAAAGAUGAUUUUGCUAAGCAGUGUUCUUGCUGUGGCGAGGCCUUUCCUGCAUCUCUUCCUUUCACACUGGCAACAUGAUUAUUCAGGCAUGCAGGAGAAUGCUACAAAAUGUUGUUCAUAUUAAAUGAAAUAUAAAGCUGUCUGGCUGAAUGCCUUUAAUUUUUAAACUGCUCUUUUUAGCUUCACAAACAUAAGACUUAACACAUUGGUUAGAUCGCAGUAUUUGAGAAAAAAACCCAAGCGGCAGCUUGCUUUAUUUUGGGAUGCAAGACUCAAGAGUAUGUUAACUCUAAGUAGUCAUAUGUGGCACGUCCCUUUAAAAAAUCCAUUAACUCAAAUCACUUCAGAGUUAUUUGCCACAUGGCUUUAGACUUUCAAUAUUCUUGUUUCCAAUGUGUUUUUUUUUUCCUGAAGUUCUGAUACAUAGAAACUGGAAGUUUUGUAUAGGAGUGGAUGUCUGUAAAUGGACAAGCAGUUUUUUAGUGCAAAUCCCAUGAUGUCAAAUGAAUGGAUGAAUUCAAAAACUGGUUGAGCUCAUUAUUCUGUAAAAACUUAGGAAAACUUUUUUUUUUUUAGGUAAAUCUCUGUGAAGCAUCCUCUUUAGAAGGCAGACAGGCUUUAAUUCUCUUGUUACAUUUUAAGUUGAAUAUGCAGCGGAGAGAAUGGUCUAAGAAAUGGUAUGCAAUAAUAAAUUGUGUUUCAUUACGGUCAUGCUCAUCUGUUUGUGUUCUGGUUUGCUUCUCCCGGGAAUUUAGACGUAACACCUGGUGUCAUGGGGGCAGUACCCUGGGCCAUGUGCACCCAUACUUCUGCUGAGAGUUCACUGGUGUAACACUGGUGCAGAUCGUAAUUACACCGUAUUUCUCUUCUACCUCCUGAAGUACUAAGAGGAGAAGGGUAUAUUUCCAAAGGGCUAUGUGAAAUUUUUAACUGAGCUUAGAUAACAUGCUUCCCUUUAUAGAAGCCUUAGAAAUGUGUAUUUAUGGCAUGAUUUUCCCCCUCCCCUCCAGCAAAUCAUGCCAUUACCCUCAGACUUAGACCCUUUGAAAAAAAGUUCUCAGAAUUCAACACUAUCUUCCAGAUAUGAAAGUAAACAUCUGGGUAGUGAAUCCACAGCAGCCCAAGUUCAGCUAAGGCAGAAGUUUGAUUGCUAACAAGAUGUAGCCCUUUUAGCUUCCUUUGCAGAGACAGAAGCUCUCUCUAUAAAGUAAUUCUGCAUCUGUCAUGUGCAGCCUGAUUGCUUACCUGGUGUACAAGGCUGGAUUUAUGCAGAGCCCCUGCCUUCUCACCAAACUAAACCCUUUUAAUUCUCUGGAAGCUUCUUGUUUAAAUCAUAAUGGAGGAGGCUGAAGGAAGACAUUAAGGCCUCAGUUUGUAAAUUUUAAGAUAUUUUGCCUCCUUGAGGUUUGUUUAUCUGUAGAUAUUGGUAAGUGAAGUGUUUCCAUAGCCUUUGGUAUAUCAGCCAAGAGCUGAUAAUGCUUAUGGUGGAUAUGAUUUUGCAUUGGAGUUUUUCUUUUUUAAAAGUAUUCUGUGAGCGGGGGAGGGAGAAACAGUGAGUUACAGAGUGCACAGGAUAUGGGACCAGCUGUGUUGGAUGAGACAAAAGGUCUGUCUAGUUCAGGGUGUUAUCCUUGACCUUGAGUAAGAGGAAGAACAUGAGAAAUGAGGUAUUUUCACAGUGAUCUUUUUCAUCAGAUUUGUACCAUGUAACUUUGUGGUGAAACUGCAUUUUGAAUGGGGUGCAGUCCUCUGAAAACUUCAGUUUAAAAGUGGAUGUGGCAAGAACUGAUGAGGGUUAAAAGAUGGAGUUGAUCUGUAAAAAAAAAAGUGCAGUUGAUGGAAAGGUAAAUCCUCUUCUGUGCCUUGUGGUGUGUGUAUCACAUUCCUGAGGUCACGGGGUAACACAGCAAAGCACAACAGUAAAUGUAACUGUCUGGAUAAUGUCAUCUAGAGAGACAUAAGUUUGGUAAGUUUAUGAGCUUUGAUCCAUGCAGGAGGACCACCUUCAGCAAAGGUGAAAGAGGAGUCCUUGCAAAGUAACAAGCAGUCAUAACUGAGCUUCAGAUGACUCUAAUUUUUAUCGAAUAUACCUUUCUGUUUCUAGUCUCUGUUAUCUUCAUCUUCUCUCUUUAAUCUUUUGUGUGAAUUGGAGGUAGAAAGCAGGAACUGUCUCUUCAGUUUUGAUGUGACCUGAGACAAUGUGAUUUCAGAGCUGUCUAGAGAAUUAAGUUAUGCCCAAACUGAAGAGCCAUGGUUCAGAAUUUAGGAAGCUGCAUGAACUCUCACUGUAAAUCACAGAAUCAUUUAGGCUGGAAAAGACCUCAGUAUCAUUGUGUCUAGUGAUUAACACUUCCAAGUCUAAGCUAAAACACAGCCCUGAGCACUAUAUCUUUUAAAUACCUCCAGGAAUGGUGACUCAAUCACUCCCUGGGCAGCCUGUUCCAACACUUAACAACCCUUUUGGUGACAAAUUUUUCCAAACAGCCAAUCUAAACCUCCUCUGGUGCAAUUUCAGGCCAUUUCCUCUGGCCCUAACUCUUGUUGCUUGGGAGACUGACAAGCCACAUUUUCUUUACAGGAAACUAAUGGCUUUUGAGAGCCUUGUCAGUUGUGUUUGGGCAGCAGUGUCACUCGGAUUGCAGUGGGUAACUGAUACAGGAAUGCCGAAUAAGGUGAUGUGUAUCUAACAACGGAAUUGAAACAAAAUAAUUCUGAGAAAUAGACCUGAAUCUAAAAGUAACUUUUGCCUAUUGCAAUAACUGUGUUUUUAAAUAAAUUACCUGCAAAUUACUCUUCUGUUUUUUCACUCUUUGGAAGACCUGAAAAUUGUUUUUGUAGCUGGCUUGAAACAUUUUACUGACACAGCAAAAUUUUUUGCUUAAGAGAAUAAACAUGUGAACUUAUCCCCCUUAUUAAUCCCCCUUAUUAGGAGUACCCCCUAAGUACUCCUGAACAUUUUUUUUUCUGUAAACAGUCAACUGAACUCACAAGUUGCAGUAAGCAUUUUUUUCCUCCUUCUUUGUACAGCAUUAUUUUCUGGUCUGUCACAUUCUUUUGCUGUCUUCAGUGUUCAUCUUUACACAGCUUCUCUUGCAUCACAGCCCUUAAGAAAAACUAAUUACUAAGCAACUGAAUUUACAAGAGUUAUGUUGUCCCAGAGACAUGAUUCUGUGCUUAUCAUGCCGCCUUUGAUUUGUAGCUGUGUACACUUCUAUUAAAGAAAAAAAAAAUCACUAGCUCUGUUUGACUAAUGAGGAAAGAAAAUGGAUCUGAAAGGGUCACCCUCCUUGCUCUUUGGACAUUUGGAGAAUUGUUAUGCUUCAUAGCACAAAAAUUGCUAAGGAUUGCUUUGGGGAAGCAGAGAGAGGUGGACAUCAGCUGCUGCAAGGAAUGGAGCAUGUUCAUAGGAGCUCUCAUGCAUUAUUCAUCACAAGCUCUUUUCACUGUAAUCAGCUGGAGGAAGUAGUUAGUCUAGUUUAAGCUACACUAGUAUUUAUAUUUAGGCGACUUAAACAAGCCCAGGCAAGUACUGCACCAACUCUUUCUAUUCAUCUGCAACCAAAUGUAGGGCAGACUGCAGCUCUGCUUAAACCCCUCUGUCUCUUUAGUCUGAAGAACAGGAGUCAUGCAACCAGGAAAAGCUGCACUGAGGAUACACACGUGCAUUCAUGCUGGAAAAUGAAGCUUCAGAAUGAGAAGGCUUUGGGGCAUUCCGUGAGCCGCUCUAGUAACAUCUCAAAGGCUGGAAGUCCAACCUCUGUCUCUGCCCCUCAUAGCUUCUCUCGGACUUCUGUUACACCAUCCAACCAGGACAUCUGCAGUUCCAGUGCAGUGUUUUCUGAGUGUUGUCAUCACAGUCCAGUGCAGUCUGCUGUUGUCUUGAAAAAUCCGCACUGCCAGAGCCCUCUGACACAAGGGGUCACUGUGACAGUAAUCUGUCAGGACACAUUACGUGCAGCAAAGAGAAACUCCCGUGGGCAGGAUCGGGGCCAGGCACUCAGGUCUGCUAAGAGUGUAAAGCCCACCCGCACCCUGAAAUUCUCCAAGUCCCUCAAUGACGUGGACCAGAAGGCGCAGAGCACCAGCGAGUGCUUUGAUUAUGUGGAGCGAACACGCUCAGAAGGCAAACUGACCCUGAAUCAAGAGCAGUGUUUAAGGAUUAACAAAUUUCAUCUUAAAGAGAGGAAACCGCUGAAUCUCAGGCCUCUUUCUUUUAGCAAUUCUAAGCACUCCUAUAUCCCUUCCCUUUCCAACUACUCAAGUGCAUCGGGAGGAGCAGAGAACCACAGCGCUGUACAUAUCCCCCUGCUGGAGGACAAGGUGGACCAUGACUCCUCAAGGAGCAAAAAACUGUUGCGUUACCUUUUUUCCUUCUCCCACACCUCCAGCAUCAGCAGCCUGCAUAAAUUUCACGAACUGGAGAGCUAUUCCAGUCACUUCCAAGCUGACAAAUCCUCCAGCAUGCUGGUGGAAAGCACAGACUUCUGCUCUGAUGAUAUGGGAGAUGAUGACGUCUUUGAGGACAGCACCUCAGUGAAACUCAAACCAAAAGAGCAGCAGGCACCACUCUGUUCAGUUGAGAAGGACAGUGACCUUGACUGCCCUUCCCCCCUCUCAGAAAAGUUACCCCCUCUGUCCCCUGUGUCUGCAUCGGGGGAUACCUGCAGGAUAUGUCACUGUGAAGGAGAUGAUGAGAGCCCUUUGAUUACCCCCUGUCACUGUACGGGCAGCCUUCACUUUGUGCACCAGGCCUGCCUGCAGCAAUGGAUCAAGAGCUCGGAUACGCGAUGCUGUGAACUGUGCAAGUAUGAGUUCAUCAUGGAGACAAAACUGAAGCCUUUGAGAAAGUGGGAGAAGCUGCAGAUGACAGCCAGCGAGAGGAGGAAGAUCAUGUGCUCUGUAACAUUCCAUAUCAUUGCCAUCACCUGCGUUGUGUGGUCUCUCUAUGUCCUGAUAGACAGGACUGCUGAAGAGAUUAAACAGGGACAAACUACCGGUAUUCUAGAGUGGCCAUUUUGGACUAAGCUGGUAGUUGUGGCCAUUGGUUUCACUGGAGGACUUCUGUUCAUGUAUGUACAAUGCAAGGUGUACGUACAGCUGUGGAAGAGACUUAAAGCUUAUAACCGAGUAAUAUAUGUACAAAACUGUCCAGAAACUAGCAAAAAGAAUAUUUUUGAAAAACCUGCACUAAUGGAGCCAAACUUCGAAAGUAAAGAAAUGUUUGGAGUUCACCAUUCAGACACAAACUCUUCACAUUACACAGAGCCAGAAGACUGUGCUGCAGAAAUCCUUCAUGUCUGAUUGCUAGCUGGAAGGGGUAUUUCCAUAUGUCCUUGAAGAUUUGAAUAUCAUUUGUUUACUGCAAACUGCUCUACCUUUUUAACAUCAGCAAACAGCUGAGGGCUAGCGGAUGAAUUUUUUACAUUUGUUUUUUUGUUGAAAUUUUUUUAAAUCCCUUAGGCAUAUCUGUCAAUGUCAUCAUGGUGGCAUACCUCUCAACAUUUUGUGUCUCAUACUGGCUGAUUAAAGAGCCAUAGGAUGAGGUAUUCACAGGGUAGAAUGAGCCUUGGGUUUGGUAUUAAGGAAGUCGCUAGCGAGCUGUCACCAACUUCAUGGAGUCUGUUACUUUGGAACAUGAUUCUCAAGUCAUUCUGGAGGAUGUGUAGUGUGGGGUUGGUUGGUUGGUGUGUUCUUUAUGUGAGAUGAAGGAGGUUGUCCCAGACAGUGAGAGAAAGGAGAGGGAGUCUAAUCUACCACUAACACUGCCACUAACAUUGUGUCUCAAGCAGCAGGUGUAAAAUUUUGCUUUACAUAUUGCGAUGAGACUUACAAAGCAUAUAGCACUUUUAAAAUCUUUAUUUUGUGAUAUGUAUGUCAAAUGAGAAUGAAACUUGAAAGAAUGUGUCAUUUUUGAAACAUUUCUUAAUUCUUUACCCCAUCUAUUCUUCUGAAACAUAAACCUCUUGCCUUAUGAAAAAAAAAAUUUAAAUUUCAGUCUGUGAUUUCCCACACAUGCCCACAUUAUCUUACUAAACGUAACACUAAAAAAUUCUGCCUCUUUGGGUUUCCUUUGAGGAGCAAUUUUCUUCAAAGGAUAUUGCACUUGUGACUUGUGUAUGAGGAGUAGUGGAUGUGUACAAUGUUUGUUUUCAGUGGUUUCAGUGUUCUGUUUUGGGGAUUGGUUUUGAUUUUUUUUUUCCCAACAGGUCAGACCCUCAACAUACCUGUGCAUAUAUACCUGAAGUAGCUUUCAUACCAAACCAUUGGCAAAGGGUUUGUUGCUGUAUUGAUAAAAAUGUGAGCUGUUACAGAAAAAAAGGAAACUUAGUCAAUACAGCUGAAACUGGUUUUCUUUCUUUAGUGCUGUGUCAUGUGUGAAUUACCCAAGAAUUUGAUGUUGUCAGAGGAGAUGCUGACAUACAAGUCUAGGAAGUAAAUAUCACAUUAAGUGGAUAAAUUUAAAAACACCUGCUUGAUGUGAUGCACUGUGUGGUCAGAGAAUAGUAUAUAUCUGUGCUUUUGAAUUUAGGACUGGCUUUUUAAUCAGUCAGCUUUCAUGCAAAGAGAGGGACAGCUUUAAAAUCUGUUUGCAAGGCUUUUAGUUGCCCAAAGCCUGGGGUGUCUGCAGUUGAUUUGUUUGUCCAGUCUGUUUCACUGCACCACUGUCCAGCUUUAAGCCCUCAUUUAACCAAAGUCUCAGUGUGACUAGAGCAGAAACGAAGCCCCAU